AGGUUAGGAUUAUAGCAGAACGUCACAACAAUAGAUAGUUUGAAUACAAGUUACAGGAUUUGUUAAAGUGGACUUACGCACUUAACAUAUAACACUUUUGCUAUAAAGUCAGCUUGAUAUUUAUAAUUUUUAUCAAUGCUUUGAAAAAGAUUUUGUAAAACAUAUAUUGUAGACACUGCUGAUAAGAAUUUGUAUUUUUAUCAGAUACAAAUUGACGGUUACAUAUAUUGACACCGUCGACGGACAGGACUUUUUGAAAAACUUAAAUACGCCUAUACAAUUCAAUAUUAAAAGAUGAAAAUGAUGUUUAGUACAAUGAAGAGUUAUGCAGUUUUUAUAAACUUAAACUCAAAGGGAAUAAGUAUUUGAGUAAAAAAUCAGUUUAUUUGAUCACACUGCAGCGUUAUUCAUCGCAUGAAAGGUAGAAUUGUUGUGUUUAUAAAACUUCGCAAAUGAAAUUCGUUUUAUCGGAAAAGACUACGAUACAAAUUGAAAUAAUUAAAUGCACGAUUAUCGCAAGAAUUUUAUCGUCACGCUGUUGUCAAUACUUCAAGAGUACAAUAGUUUACUUAGAUAUAAGACAAAUAACUCAUUGAUAAAAGCCAAUUCAGCUCUCCGUAAAUAAAUACGGCAUGUGUGGAUGCCAGACGGUCAUUGUUACCAGCAUGUUCAUACUGGACGUUCAGAAGCCAUCGACCGUAAUCUGCAGUGUAGUCUACCUCAUCGUGAUGUUCGCAACGGGCUCAGUAACUGGUAAGUUGUGUGAGUAUAAAUCUGGCAGCUUCGAUCGUUUUCGUGCAAGCAAAGGAUGCAGAAAUGUAAUUAACACGGUGCAAAUCAUUGGAAAAAUAGUGCAGAAAGGCGGGGUGUGUUGGGCCUUAGUGAACCGGUCGACGGGGCUGUGUACUGACGCGUUCCACGUGAAUAUGAGCAAAGAAGAGUGCUGCAACACAGAAGGAGGUGACGCCGUGUCUUGGACGCCCCACACCGUUACCAGUGAUGUAUUCUACUUAAACUUCUUCGCCGAUGGCGCCAGCUCAUGUCAACCAUGCCACAAAACAUGUGCGACAGUGAAGUGCGAACCAAACAAAAUGUGUGUUAUGAGACAGGGCGUUCCGAAGUGUGUUUGCGGGUCACACUGUACCUCCAGUUUAGGCGACAAAGGCAAAGUAUGCGGAACGGAUGGUACACAGUACAAGAACGAAUGCAUGCUGCGAAAAAUCAACUGCGAGACUGGUCUAAACACACAAGUCGAUUACUAUGGCAAAUGUCGAAAAUCGUGUCGCAAAGUAACAUGUAGGCUAGGGAGCCGGUGUCUGGAGGACCAGGACGGGUUUCCCCACUGCGCCCGCUGCGAUACAAGGUGCACACGUCACUAUGACGUUGGCCAACCAGUGUGUGGGGUUGAUGGGCGAACAUACAACAACACGUGCGAACUUAAGGCUGCAAUUUGUCGAAAUGGAAAGAGCAUUCGGAUAGCGUAUGAAGGCCAGUGUAAUAAAAAGUAUUCGUGUUCCAAUUUUAAAUGCAAAAUCGGACAAACAUGUUUGGCAAAUCCGGACAACGGUCAACCAGUCUGUUUCACGUGCACCGACAUUUGUUUCACACCCAAGCGCACCGAAGUGUGCGGCACAGACGAGAGAACCUACGCCAGUUAUUGCCACUUGACGCUGACCUCUUGUCGAACUCGUUUGUUUAUAACGACGAAACGAAGCGGGAAAUGCAGAAAAAAGUUAGGCAAUUUAGAACGUUAUAAGUUGCCAGAUGAAGCAUUGAACACCCAGAACGAGACGGACACUCAAAAGCUAAAGAAACGUUCACGGAAGCAACGCAGGAAGCAAAUAAAACAGAACAAGAGACAACACAUUAAAAUAAGACGUAAUAAGGCAAACGGACAAUCUAGGAAAACAAACGCGGUUUCUACGAGCUCAGAGAAAAUAGACAAACCAGGAUGAGUUUUGCAGGUAUUAGUUUGCGGGUGCCUAUCUGCUAUGUGCCAAAUGACCCUUCCGGAUCGACUGAUUUGGCUCAAGUUACUACACUAACAAAAUAAUGACUAUGAAAAUAUGCGCCUAUAAUGGGACAUGAAAGUUAUAUAAAACGUAUCAAAAAGGAACAAAGACAGAAGCUGGUUUUCUGAACACCAUGAUGUUUAAAUUGAUGAAGUCUAUGAAUCGAAUGUUUUUUUUCCGGUUGUGUUUCUUGUUUGCAUGGGCCAUUGGCCAGUUACAAAGAAUUUAUUAUGGUAUUUAUUUUAACAAGUUUUAUUAUGUGCUUCAUAUGAAUUAAGAGACAUAUGAGCUAAUAAUAUGAGCAAUUAUAUUUAUUGUUUAUAUGAACUUUAGUAUAUAAUAAAACUACAUCAUUGUAGCGUGUUAAAUAUAUGUUGUGGUAUCUAAUUGGAACGGUUUGAUAUUGUCUCGUAUAUUGUGUUAUUGUAAAUAUAUGUAUCAAGUUGUUAAUAAAUAAACAUUAAAAAUUA